AAACAGAUCACAGAUGAUAACGUCUAAUAUGUAUUUAUAAUCGCAAAAUUUUCAGUACAAUGGCCCAUUUAUCUGUACAUUUUUAAUUGUACCAGAAAACAAAUUACUGCUAUUUGAAUUUCUUCUUUUUUCUUGUAGAAAUCAGAAGAAUUUGUUUGUCGGAAGAGUGCGUAAGAACGGCAUCGUCGUUAUUAUCGGCGAUGGAUCGAACAGCGGAUCCUUGUCAGGAUUUUUUUCAAUACGCCUGUGGAGUUUGGAACAAAAAACACAUGAUUCCAGAAGACAGAAGCUCUAUAAGCACCUUUGAAGUAAUGGCCGAUCAACUUCAAGUUAUUUUAAAGGAAGUUCUGGAAGAACCCAUCAGUUUAGAAGACAAUGAAGCUACAACAAAGGCGAAAACGUUUUACAACACAUGCAUGGACAUACAUCAGUUACGAAAGAUCGGCGACCAUCCCCUUCGACAAAUUCUAUCGUCUUUGGGCGGCUGGCCCGUGACCAUGAAAACGUGGACGCCGCCACCUUUGACUCUGGAGAACCUUCUGGGCGAAAUUAGGGGCACGUACAACGAAGGGAUCCUGGUGGAACAAUGGAUAGGGCCAGACGACAAAAAUAGCUCUGUUAACAUCAUCCAGUUAGAUCAGAUGCAAUUGGCAUUGCCUAGCAGAGAUUACUAUUUGAAACCUAGCAGUGAAGGCGACUUAAAGGCCUACCAUAAAUAUAUGACCAAUAUAGCCGUCCUUUUGGGGGCCAAUGCUACAACAGCUUCCGAAGAACUCAAACUUGUGUUAGAAUUCGAAAAAACAUUGGCAAACGCCUCGCUGGCUGAAGCAGAUCGUCAUGACACAAGCGCCAUAUACAGGAAACUGCCCUUAGGUAUGCUUCAGCGAAUGGUACCGCAAAUAAAUUGGCUUCAGUAUUUGAACUCGUUCUUACCAGUCAAAAUAACGGAAGAAGAGCCCGUGGUGGCUUAUGGACUGUCUUAUUUUGUUGAAAUGGGAAAGAUCCUGGCCACAGCUGACAAAAGGCUUAUUCACAAUUAUGUUUUGUGGCGCCUUGUAAUGCAGUUGGUACCCCAUAUGAUUGAUGACUACCAGUACGAAAGGGUUGAAUUUAGAAAGAUUUUGACGGGAAUUCUGAGCGAACGGCACAGGUGGUCGCAGUGCGUGGAGUGGACCAAUAAGAAAUUGGGAAUGGCCGUUGGGGCCCUUUUCAUUCGGGACCAUUUCAACCACGACAGCAAAGAAACUGCUUUGGAAAUGAUACACACGAUAAGGGAGGCGUUCAAUGAUUUGCUCGCUGAAAAUCAUUGGAUGGAUGACGAAACUAGGUCAGUUGCUAAAGAAAAAGCGGACGCAAUGAACGAAAGGAUCGGCUAUCCCCACUAUAUUACAGAAAAAGAGGAAUUGGAAAAGGAAUACGAACAGUUGAAUUUGACAAAAAACAGCUUUAUGACCAACAUGUUGAAUGUGAUGAAGUUCGAAGCCGAUCAAAAUUUACAAAAACUGCGACAACCGGUGGACAAGGACAAGUGGUCAACUGAACCAGCUGUGGUCAACGCGUUUUAUAACCCGAAUAAAAAUGAUAUUGUUUUUCCGGCUGGAAUUUUGCAACCCUUAUUUUACAGUCAGCACUUUCCCAAGUCGUUAAAUUAUGGGGGGAUAGGGGUGGUGAUAGGGCAUGAAAUUACCCAUGGUUUCGACGACAAAGGUCGUCAAUUUGAUAAGGACGGGAAUAUGAUGCAGUGGUGGAAUAACGCCACUAUAAAAGCUUUUAGGGAGAGAGCUCAAUGUAUUAUAGACCAAUAUUCCCGAUAUAAAAUUCACGAGGUUGGUCUUUACGUUAAUGGAAGGAUGACGCAGGGAGAGAAUAUUGCCGAUAAUGGAGGUCUUAAACAGGCAUUUAGGGCUUACAGAAAAUGGGUGGGAGAACAUGGAGAAGAGCCGUAUCUUCCUGGUUUAAAUUUGACCCAUGACCAACUAUUUUUUUUAAAUUACGCCCAGAUCUGGUGCGGGUCGAUGAGACCGGAAGAUGCCCUGACCAAAAUUAGGUCUAGCGUUCACUCUCCCGGUCCCGUUAGGGUUUUGGGACCAUUGUCGAACUCGUGGGACUUUGCUAAAGCGUACAACUGCCCUUUAGGGUCACCCAUGAACCCUACUAGUAAAUGUAGCGUUUGGUAAUCAAACUAUAAAUGAGUCAGUAUAGGAAAUAUUUAUACAUAUUUACUAUAAACAAAUUUGUUUGUUAUUAUACUGCGUAUAUUAUAGCCAAUUAACUGACUUCUUUUUCUGUUAAAAUAAAUAGAGUAUAAAAAUAAAUUAGAGGAAAUUUUGUAC